GCUCUGCGCACCACUUCUUUUCCUGAACUUCACCGCACAGCAGAUGCAUGCGCCACCCAGACAACACCGCCUCUACAUGUGCAGCUCAAUGGAAAAUGUGGCUCCUCAGGAUUGUCUGUGUGAUAUAUUUCACUGCUGUUUGUGCAGCUCAGGAUGAAGCCAUCACCAAGUCCAGAGACACUCUUUCUCCUACUGCUCUAACAGCAGUGGUUACAACAGUGCAUGUGCCUCCUAUGCCGUCCCUGAAGCUUCAGUCCCUCUGGUUGGAUGUGUUCCCCUCUGAGAAAGUGGAGUUCAGAUGUACAUUUACCGGCAGCUCUGACUGGAGCAUCGUCUGGAGUAGAAAUGAAGAGCAAGUGGAAGACUCAGAUCCAAAUGUGUCUUUGUCUACAGACCGAUCAAUUCUUACAAUUACUGCAGCAAACCCGAUAUAUUCUGGGAGUUAUUCCUGUAAAGGUCAACAUAAAAGAAAAGUCAUCUCUACUGCAGAUAGUAACACCCUCCAACUCACAGUGCAUGCAAACAAGCCAAAACCCACAGUGAGCCAGAAGCCAGAGCCUGCAGAGAUGUUCCCUGGAGAAUCUGUCACGUUCACCUGCACAGUGUCCCCUGUGUCUUCUGGGUGGGAAUAUCUGUGGUUCCAUGAUGGAAAAGAAGUUCACAUAUCAAGCUCUUAUACCAUAAAUCCCAUUAAUCAUGCUGACAAAGGGAAAUAUCAUUGUCAAGCCAAGAGAGGGAAAGUCCCAUUCCACUCAGAGAAGAGUAUGCCAGUUACCCUGCAGGUGUCUGAUCCACCUACACCCUCUCUGAAGCUGCUGACUUCCUGGCUGGACGUGUUUCAGGAGGAGAUAGUGGCAUUCAGCUGUGAAGUUAGCGCCUCUGACUGGACGUUCACAUGGCACAGGAAUAAAACCAAACUCCUGGAUGAUGAUGAUGCCCUGAUCAUAGAUGAGGAGGGAACAUUGCUUAACAUCACAUCGGUCUCUAAAGAUCAUGAAGGAGUGUACGCCUGCCAAGCUCACCUUGAAUCCCGCAAUGUCAGCUCUGAGUUCAGUAACACAGCCACAGUCAAAGUUUAUGACAACACACCAAAACCAGCCUUACAUAAGGAUCCUGGUUUCAACCCGAUGUAUGUUGGAGAAAAAGUGAGCCUCACUUGUAAUGUUAAUGUUGCCUCUGGCUGGGAGUACCAGUGGUACAAAAAUAAAAAAGAUCAGCCUGCCACCAGCAAAACCAACAGCUUUCAGCUAGGUCUUUCUGAUGGAGGGGAGUACUCCUGCAAGGCCACCAGAAGCAAAACAACAUCCACUGAAGACAGUGAGGAAAUGCAACUAACUGUUGUCAAAGUUCCUGUUCCAUCUUUGACGCCAGUAACACCAUGGUUGGAUGUUUUUCCUGAUGAGUUGGUGCAGCUGAAGUGCGAGAUGAACAGCGGCUCUGAAUGGACUUAUACAUGGUUCAGAGAUGGACGGGAGGUCAGGGCUGAUGGUGUCGUCUCUUUGGACAAUAAUGGAGCUCUUCUUUCAAUCAAUUCUGCUUCAGCAGCACAUGCAGGACAGUAUAAGUGUAAGGGACAACUGGAAGGAAGACCUGUCAGAAGCAACUCUAGCUUAGGACUCACUCUCUCAUUGUAUGCUGAGAAACCAAGUGCCGUACUGACACAGGAUCCAGAUUAUAAGGUGAUGUUCUCUGGAGAGCCUGUCUCCCUCACCUGUCACAUGAAUGUUUCCUCUGGAUGGGACUACACGUGGUACAAAGACGGGACUCAGCUUGUGGAAUCUGGAGGAAAGUAUGGAUUCAGCUCUGUCAGCACAGAAAAUGAUGGAUUGUAUGGAUGCAAAGCAAAGAGAGGAACUAUGAAAGAGUUCCUCUUCUAUGGCAGUCAGGAUAUACGCCUUCAAGUCAAAGGGAAAAAGCCAAAGCCCCUGAUGACACAACAGCCUAAUGUAGAGAAGGUGUAUGUUGGAGAGUUGGUGUCAUUUGAAUGUAAAGUUGAACUCUCGUCUGGUUGGAGGUUUCAGUGGUACAAAAAUGACACACCACUGGCUAUCAAUGGCAACAGAUUUAACAUCAACACCACUUUAUCAGACAGUGGGGUUUAUAAGUGCAUAGCCAUAAGAGACAAAACACAGUACCACACAGAGCACAGUGACACACGGACCCUACUAGUAUCCGAAAUCCCUGUCCCAACUCUAAAAUUAGAAACACCAUGGUUGGAUGUGUUCCCCUCCGAGACCGUGAAGCUGAGCUGUGGGAUGCUGGAUGGCAGCUCUGACUGGACGUAUACAUGGUAUAAAGACGACAAAAUGGUGAAUGAUACCGUAUCUUUUGACAACAGGAGAAGGACAACUCUUACCAUUACCGCUUCAGACCUUCACAGAGGACAAUACAGCUGCGACGGAAAAAUUGAGGGCAGGUCUGUCCUCAGCCGCCCCAGCUCUGGACUUAGACUCAGUAUUUACGAUGCAAAACCCAGAGUCACACUGACACGGACACCAGCAUACGAUGUAAUGCACACAGAAGACAGUGUCUCCUUCCACUGUCACAUUAAUGUCUCCUCUGGAUGGCAAUACCUUUGGUUCAAAGAUAACAGUCCUAUCAUUGAGUCUACAGACAGUCACACCAUCACUUCUGCUGUCACAGCAAACACUGGAUCAUAUCAGUGCCAGGUGAAAAGAGGAAGUGUUCAAGACUUUAAAUCAGAUAAGAGUAAGGCUGUAAACAUCAAGAUCCUAGAACGCCCACAGGCCAGUAUAGAUCUGUUAACUGGCUGGUCAGAAGUCUUUUCUACCGACAGCUUGGUGCUCAAAUGUGAGGUGCAGGACAGCAAUUUAACCUGGAACUACACAUGGUUCAAAGAAGGCAAAAGUAUCGAUCAGCUGGUCUCAGCAAGACACACUGUCACGCCCGAAAACAACCCUGAGCAGAGCCAGUUCACCUGCAGGGGUAUUCGUGAUGGCAGACCAAAGCAGUCAAAACUCAGUGAACAAUUCAAGACCAAGAACCUUCUUUUGAAGAGGAGGGUGCUUCUCUCCAUCUCUGGCUGUAUCUUCUUUGGGAUCAUUGCUGUUAUCCUUGGAUGCAUUGUUCUCAGAGUCUUCCGCAAACCAGCUGAAGAAGAAGAAAGGCUAGAAGAGGCAGACCUCUUUCUCACCAUGGCUCAGCAAAAGGGAGCUGAUGUGCCCUGUCCACUGGUUGAGUACAUCACUGAUGCAACACUGAACGCACCCUCUAAAGUAGAAGUGGAAGAGAAUGGCACAAUUUGCAGUGAAACCACACCAUUACCAAUAACUGUGCAGGAGGACCAAGCUGUGACGACUGAGAGCCUUGAUACAGAAGACAACAAUGGAGGGCUGGUUUCCUUUAAACAAUGAGGCACUGAGGCCAUUUAGUAUCACAGCAAAUAAUGAGCAUGUGGACUGCUUAUAGUGAGGGUGCAUGGUGUUAUUGUUACGAUAUCAGUAUCAACAGAUAUUAGCUUAAAAAGUAUCUGUAGAUAUGAAAAUUUCUAAUAUUUACAACUGACAUCAUGGUCACAAAAGUCUACCUAUAUCAGCUGUAAAUAUUGGAUGAAUAUACAAAUGAGUAGGUGAAGUUUUAGGCUGGACCAACAGACCUACUUCAGCUGGUCUUUUUCUUUAUUCAUUGUCAAUCCUAACACUUUAAAAAGGUGUUUAAAGGACUGAAAUUUAUGAAUUUGUUCAUCCUCAAAAUUUAAAUUGCAUAUUUUUAGGACUGAAGUUUUAGGUCUAAACUAUGUUUGAAUUUCGUCAUCAAAAUAAAUUGUUAAUAUCAGCAUAUCUGAAAUCGGCAAAAAUCCAACAUUGUAUAUUGUGCACUUGAAACCACAUCUUUGGAAGUAUAAUAAUUCAAGGGAUCAUUAUAGUCCAAUGCUUUCCAUUGUGGAGCUGAAAAAAGUUUGGCCUAAAGGUAAAAUAAAGCAAAGCCUGGGCUUUUAAAAGUGUCCAUUAAACCAUGUAAGCAGGGGUGUUGUAUGGGAGAGAAACAUUAGUAUAAUUCUUAUAGCCAAUGGCUGACAGGGGUCUUAAAAAUAUAAUGGUUAAUUUUUUCUAUGCUAAAUUAUUAACAGGGGUGAAAAGCGACUAAUUACAUUUACUUAAAUUACUGUAAUUAAGUGGGGUUUUUUGUGCACUUGUACUUUUUGAGUACAUUUUGAAAUCAGUAUUUUUACUUCUACCUAAGUUUUCUGUACCUUUACCUUUACUAUACUUGUUCCCCCUCUGUUGACUACACAGUAGCACAUAGCAAGAGAAUGAUUCCACAUCAAACUGA